UCUCCAGUCACCAAAUAUCGGCCCAUUUCUAGAGAGAGAGAGUAAAAAUUUGGAAUUGGUAGAGAGAGAAAGAGAGAGAUUGGUGUUGUGUUGUGUUGGAGUUGAGAGGGGGCUUUGAGAUUUUCUCCCAAAGAGAACGUUUGAGAUUUUCUCGGGAAAAUUUUGUUUCCGAAUUUUCUCGGGAAAAUUUUUGAUAGGGGCCUAGGAAUUGAAUCAAGGAUCGAGGCUAGGGUUUGAAUUGGUCGAAUAUGUUGAUCAGGAAUGCGAAUCACUGAGAAUUGCAGCUCCGAUCUUGAAGUCAGUGUUGGAAUCGAGGGUUUGAAGCUAUGGAUGUAGAUUCUUCAAUGGUGCCGGAGACCGAUCAGGAUCCGUCGACGCCGAACCACGGCGCUCCUUCGAUCUCGGCUUCGAUGGAGCGGGAGCAGCAGCUAGGCGCUGCGGAGCAGUCGGCUCCGGCCCAACCUCCGGCGCAGCAGCAACAGCAGCAGCAGCAGCAGGCUCAGGUGCAGCAGAGUCCUGUGGCUGGGCCGAGGCACGCUCCGACGUACUCGGUGGUGAACGCGGUGAUAGAGAAGAAAGAGGACGGCCCGGGGCCAAGGUGCGGCCACACUUUGACGGCGGUUGCGGCGGUAGGAGAAGAAGGGACGCCGGGCUACAUUGGGCCGAGGUUGAUUUUGUUUGGUGGUGCCACGGCUCUUGAGGGCAAUUCCGCGGCUUCUGGGACGCCUUCAUCUGCGGGAAGCGCUGGCAUCCGAUUAGCAGGUGCCACUGCCGAUGUGCACUGUUAUGAUGUGAUAACAAAUAAGUGGUCUAGGAUCACUCCCUUUGGAGAACCGCCCACUCCUAGGGCAGCACAUGUGGCAACUGCUGUGGGAACUAUGGUAGUUAUUCAGGGUGGGAUUGGUCCAGCUGGUUUAUCUGCUGAAGAUCUUCAUGUUCUUGACCUCACACAGCAGCGGCCUCGAUGGCACAGGGUUGUGGUUCAAGGCCCUGGGCCGGGCCCUCGUUAUGGACAUGUCAUGGCUUUGGUGGGGCAAAGAUAUCUUAUGGCAAUUGGUGGAAAUGAUGGGAAGAGGCCUUUGGCCGAUGUUUGGGCUCUCGAUACAGCCGCAAAGCCUUAUGAAUGGCGGAAGUUGGAACCAGAAGGGGAGGGUCCACCUCCGUGCAUGUAUGCAACUGCAAGUGCACGCUCUGAUGGCCUUCUUUUGCUUUGUGGAGGGAGGGAUGCAAACAGUGUGCCAUUGGCAAGUGCAUAUGGACUUGCUAAACAUAGAGAUGGUCGUUGGGAAUGGGCAAUUGCUCCUGGUGUUUCACCUUCUCCUAGAUAUCAACAUGCAGCAGUUUUUGUUAAUGCUCGGCUCCAUGUAUCUGGAGGGGCACUUGGUGGUGGACGCAUGGUAGAAGAUUCAUCAAGUGUUGCAGUGUUGGAUACUGCAGCAGGCGUUUGGUGUGAUACGAAGUCUGUAGUCACUAGUCCCAGGACAGGCAAAUAUAGUGCUGAUGCAGCUGGUGGGGACGCUGCAGUUGAAUUGACCAGGCGUUGCAGACAUGCGGCUGCUGCUGUUGGUGACUUGAUCUUUAUUUAUGGUGGUUUACGUGGUGGUGUGUUGCUUGAUGACCUGCUUGUUGCUGAAGAUCUGGCUGCUGCUGAAACAACAAGUGCAGCUUCACAUGCUGCAGCAGCGGCAGCUGCAUCGAAUUUACAGGCAGGGAGGUUACCUGGAAGGUAUGGAUUCAUCGAUGAAAGAACAAGGCAAACAAUUCCUGAGGCAGCUCCUGAUGGUUCAGUUGUCCUGGGAACUCCUGUAGCUCCUCCUGUAAAUGGUGAUAUGUAUACUGAUAUAAGCACUGAAAAUGCAAUGCUCCAGGGAUCCCGGAGACUGAGUAAAGGUGUUGAGUACUUGGUUGAGGCCUCAGCAGCCGAAGCUGAGGCUAUAAGUGCCACAUUAGCUGCUGCAAAAGCUCGGCAAGUCAAUGGAGAAGUUGAACUACCAGACCGGGAUCGUGGGGCAGAGGCUACCCCUAGUGGAAAACAGAUAUCUACCUUGAUUAAAAUGCCUGAUUCUGCUGGAUCAAAUAAUAUUGCUCCUGCUGGAGUUCGGUUGCAUCACAGGGCUGUGGUUGUAGCUGCUGAAACUGGUGGAGCUUUAGGUGGCAUGGUGAGACAACUCUCAAUUGACCAGUUUGAAAAUGAGGGCAGAAGGGUCAGCUAUGGAACUCCAGAGAGUGCAACUGCAGCAAGGAAACUAUUGGAUCGGCAAAUGUCUAUCAACAGUGUGCCCAAGAAGGUGAUAGCACAUCUUCUGAAGCCUCGUGGUUGGAAGCCUCCGGUUCGCCGGCAAUUUUUCCUAGAUUGCAAUGAAAUAGCGGAUCUUUGUGACAGUGCCGAACGGAUAUUUUCAAGUGAACCAAGUGUUCUUCAGAUAAAAGCCCCUGUUAAGAUAUUUGGUGAUUUGCAUGGGCAAUUUGGGGAUCUCAUGCGCCUUUUUGAUGAGUAUGGUUCCCCUUCAACUGCUGGAGACAUUGCAUAUAUAGAUUAUCUCUUCUUAGGAGACUAUGUGGACCGUGGUCAACACAGUCUGGAAACUAUUACACUUCUCCUUGCUUUGAAGGUUGAGUAUCCCCUCAAUGUACAUUUAAUUCGUGGUAAUCAUGAGGCUGCAGAUAUCAAUGCUCUUUUCGGUUUCCGGAUUGAAUGUAUUGAGCGCAUGGGUGAGAGGGAUGGAAUCUGGGCCUGGCAUCGGAUAAAUCGAUUGUUCAAUUGGCUUCCUCUAGCUGCUCUAAUUGAAAAGAAAAUAAUCUGUAUGCAUGGUGGUAUUGGUCGCUCAAUAAAUCAUGUGGAACAGAUUGAGAAUCUUCAACGGCCAAUCACAAUGGAAGCAGGCUCAAUUGUUCUUAUGGAUUUAUUGUGGUCUGACCCAACAGAGAAUGACAGUGUGGAAGGAUUGCGACCAAAUGCUAGAGGUCCAGGGUUGGUUACUUUUGGGCCUGAUCGUGUUAUGGAGUUCUGCAACAACAAUGAUCUUCAGCUGAUUGUACGUGCACACGAAUGUGUGAUGGAUGGCUUUGAGCGAUUUGCGCAGGGACAUUUGAUUACUCUUUUCUCGGCCACCAAUUACUGUGGUACAGCAAAUAAUGCUGGGGCAAUCUUAGUUUUGGGUAGAGACCUUGUGGUGGUUCCAAAACUUAUUCACCCAUUACCUCCAGCAAUUUCAUCGCCAGAAACAUCGCCUGAACGCCAUAUAGAAGAUACAUGGAUGCAGGAGCUUAAUGCUAACCGACCUCCGACUCCAACUAGAGGGCGUCCUCAAGUUACAAAUGAUAGGGGUUCUCUUGCUUGGAUUUAGUGGAUCAGUUAAGAUUGUUUCGGUAUACUGAUUUUCAGGCUCAUGCUGCCACCUGGGUUUCUGGUGUUCUGUAUAGAGCAUGAUGCCCAUAUACGGGAAUUCCCGAACUUGUGAUAUCUUAGUUCCUGAUGAAGCUGAGAAGACUGGUUUUCAGGACAUGAUGGAUGACAAUUUGAGUGUUGAAAACCAGGUUGCAGGCGGGGGUUAGGAGUGUAGUUCAUUCGAUGUGCUAAAAGUUGCAAUUUGGGUUCCCCCUCAACUUUGCCCUUUGUACAUUGAGCCACAGGCAGGUAGAAGUCACAAAGUGUUGGGUUGUUGGUUCUCCCAUCUGGGUUGCUAGUGCUGGGUAUUUUCUCAUUAGUUUUUUCUUAAUAUAAUGUUUUUCCUUUUUUCUUUUGGGUUCUUUCCUCGUUUUAGAGGGGGGCUAUUGUUUCUUCUUCCUUGUCAAAAGAGGAUAUGAGUCUUCAGGUGAUGGGUGAGGAUAUAAAAUAUUAAAAAAGGGAAAACAAAAAAAAAAGAAUCUUUGUGGGCGUCCAUGUAUUAUAUAAGGUGUUGGUUUGUGUAAUUUUCAUUUAUGCUUUUUGUACAAUGUAACUUUCUGUGUGAAGAUAAAAAACGUUUUUGGCUGCUGAGGAACAUUAAAUUUGGAAUUUGUUCUAAA